CAGGUGUACCAGAAAUGGAUCUCGUGAAUCAGACCAAGUUGUUUGUUGCUUCCUUGUUCACUGAAGAUGCAGCUCUAUCAAAAUCUAUUAAAGAGAUGAUAAAGCCAGAACGGGAGAAAGUAUUUUUUCUUGAUGCUUAUAGAAGAAUGGGGGAUAUGAUGUCCAAUAUCCAAAAGCAGAAACUAUCAGAUUGGAGAGAGCCAUAUUUCAUCUUGAUUGAUUCAUUUGACGACAAGAAUAUACUAGCAGUUGGAGUAUCUCACCUAUUCUCAAAGUUUGCAGGAAAAAACGAUUUUGAAGGGUUAGGAGUGUUAGCUGAAAAGGCUAAUUCUUAUGGGUUAACCUUUGAGGAAGUUGCAAAUUUGAUGCCCGAGAAGGGGAGACCAGGGUUUAUUAGUACGAUUGUCAAGGCUGAAGAAACUCUAAAAGCUGAGAAUAAACCGGUACCAUGGGAACCAUCUUCAAACUGGACAGUUACGGAAAAGCAAGCCGAAGUAGGUGAAACAAAAGUUGAAUCAGCAGAUAUCACCACAGAGAAAGCAGUGACAGAUAUAGCAACCAAAGUUGAUGACCAUACAGAAAUUGCAAUUCCGAAAGAAAAUCCUGUUGAAGUUACUGUAAAACAGACUGAAAAAACUGAAAUUUUCACAGUGAAGAAAGAUACCGAAGAAAUUGUUGACACUGCUAAGACUGUUUCUAUGGCAACAGAAUCUGAAAUGAAGGAUGAAGCUACUGUGAUUUCUGAAGAUAAAAGUGAACUUGGUUCUAAAAGCAAAUCUACUAAGGAUCAAAGUUGAACAUAGUUUGAAUGUUAGUGGCUUUUCAAAGAGAAGCGAGAGUUGAAAAUUCUUAGUUUAUGUUUUUAUUUAAGCUGUAUGAAAUUGCUCUUGUCCUCCGUUAAUGGUGAUGUUUUUAUCAAAGCUGUAUGAAUUUGCGCUUGUCCAUUAAUGUGAUUCUUAUUUCUACGUCUUAAACUAAGAUACUGAUGAGAAGUUUGCAGAAACCAAGGUAAAAUGCAAAGAUUUCUAUGUGGAGAACAGUUUUGAAGAAACAUUGUUUGCAUGUUUGUUUUGCAUUGUUGUAAUAUUAUACUAUUAAAAAAAUAGUUAUUCUUGGGUGACUAAUUCUUGUUAAGUUUGUGGUACUGCCAUUCUACAAAAUUAAAUCACAGAAAAGAAAUAGUUUAUGUGUGUUUCCUCAAUAUUUGAGCUGCAAGAAUUGUUGUCUACUUGAAAUAUAGUAAAACUCUUCUGAUCUUUUGAGGUUGCGAUGGAAUUUUUCAGUUAUCUGGGACUUUUCGGUUGUCAAGAUAUAAAUAAUAUUAAACGGUGAGGGUUUGCAUAAAUUGCUUGAUUGAACAAAAUGCCAGAGCAACUGAUGCAUGAGUGAGAGGUGGUCUCUUGCAACUGUUUUUAUCAAAACAUGAAAUUUUAUGCCAUUAGCAUUUUAUAGUUUUAAAAAUAAUUGAAGGAUUUUUAUGAACUUGUGAGGACCUACAAAGGUGAAAGAGAUAUUUUCAUGUUUAAACUUUAUUUUCGUUUUAUUUAUAAAAUGUGUUCACUUCCAAAGGGUUCAUGACUUUUUUCUAUGUUGCUCCUCAUACAAAGCAUAAAAUUGCCAUAGAACAUAAACUCUUUCAUGUGAAGAAGUUGUUAUUCAGAGUAAUGAAAAUAAUGUGUGUGGGGGCACCUGGAGGUUUUCCUGUACGAUUAGCUGAAAUGUUUACAUGAUCUGAGAUUGUUUUGGUAUGACUUAAAAACCAACAAAACAAAUAAUAUGAUUUUCUUACUAUGCCAAAUAGAGUGGGGGUGGGGGAUUUAGGAAAAGUAUACAUAUAUAUAUCCAACAGCAAAUGUAGACAUUGGAAUUUUUCCAGUUGGCUGAAAUUUAUACUGGAAAAUAAUGGAUAAAUUUCUCUUGUUUUGUUGAAUAUUUGUGGGACCUUAAAUUGUGAAAUUGUCAAAGAAAAAGAGUUUGUUGUAUGGUUUUAUCAAAAGUUAAAAAUUUUGACCCACAAAUAAACUGAAUCAUAUUUUGUUGGGAAAUGGACUUGUGUAGAUUUCAUUGUUGCCUCAAUCCACAAAAUUAAGUCUCAACAAAUAUUUUUCCUGAAAUCAGUUUGACAUGCCUGCACAAAAUUGUCAUUUCUGCCAAAAUCACAAAAAAAUUAUGGCCACAAAUUUAAAUAAUUUUAUAGUACUUGAUUUAAAAUAUUUUCCAUCAUUUUGUAAAAAAGAAAUACAUAGCAAUUUACUUCUUGUACUGUACAUAGUGGAUCCAUUUUUCUCAGACAGCUCUUGUUGUAAUAUUCUGUUGUUUUUGUUAGCUCACCUGUCACAUAGUGACAAGGUGAGCUUUUGUGAUCACCCUAUGUCUGUCCGUUCGUGUGUCCGUGCGUCAACAAUUUCUUGUCUGCACGAUAAUGGUUUCAUUUAUGAUUUUGUUUUAACCAAACUUGCACACAACUUGUAUCACCAUAAGAUCUCAGUUCCUUUCUUGAACGGGCCAGAUCCCAUUACAGGUUCCAAAGUUAUGGCCCCUGAAAGGGCCAGAAUUAGCUAUUUUGACCUUGUCUGCACAAUAGCAGCUUUAUUUAUAAUUUGAUUUUUACCAAACUGGCACACAACUUGUAUCACCAUAAGAUCUCGGUUCCUUUCUUGAACUGGUCAGAUUCCUUUAUGGGUUCCAGAGUUAAGGCCCCUGAAAGGGCCAGAAUUAGCUAUUUUGACCUUGUCUGCACAAUAGCAGCUUCAUUUAUGAUUUUAUUUUAACCAAACUUGCACACAACUUGUAUCACCAUAUGAUCUUGGUUCCUUUCUUGAACUGGCCAGAUUCCAUUAUGGGUUCCAGAGUGAUGGCCCCUGAAAGGGCCAGAAUUAGCUAUUUUGACCUUGUCUGCACAAUAGCAGCUUUAUUUAUGAUUUUAAUUUAAUCAAACUUGCACAAAACUUGUGUCACCAUAAGAUCUCGAUUCCUUUCUUGAACCGGCCAGAUCCCCAAAUGGAUUCCAGAGUUAUGGCCCCUGAAAGGGCCAGAAUUAGCUAUUUUGACCUUGUCUGCACAAUAGCAGCUUUAUUUUUGAUUUGAAUUUAAUCAAACUUGCACAAAACUUGUGUCACCAUAAGAUCUCGGUUCCUUUCUUGAACCGGCCAGAUCCCCGAAUGGAUUCCAGAGUUAUGGCCCCUGAAAGGGCCAAAAUUAGCUAUUUUGACCUUGUCUGCACAAUAGCAGCUUCAUUUAUGAUUUGAUUUUAACCAGACUUGCACAAAACUUGUAUCACCACAAGAUAUUGGUUCCUUUCUUCAACUGGCCAGAUUCCUUCAUGGGUUUCAGAGUUAUGGCCCCUGAAAGGUCCAAAAUUGGCUAUUUUGGCUUUUGAAGCCAUAUAGAGACUUCAUUUAUGGUUUUAUUUGAUACAAACUUCCAAAAUAUUUUCAACAACAAUAAAUCUUGGAUUCCAUGACAAAUCAGAUCCAUUCGUAGGUUCCAGAGUUAUUAUAUAUCUGAUUACCUCCCCUGAUUGUAAAGCAAAAUGGAUUUAUAUCAGUAAGUACUUAUAGAACUUAUUUGAAAUUUCAUUAUUGUCAUUAGUUGGACUGAGCCAAUGAGGGUAGAUAACUAUGGACUGAUUUUAUGUCAAAUUACCUCCCUUUAUUUCAAAUUAAAAUGGGUAUAUCUCCGUGACUAAUGAAGAUACUGAUCUGAAAUUUCAUUUAUGUCAACAGAUUUAUUUGGCAGAUCCUUCUUUUGUGAACUUACAAUCAUUUUUUUUUUUAAUUACUUCCCUUUUACGUUACUAUAAAUAGCUUGUUUUUAGUAACUUUUAUUAUUUGCCGUAGGGAAAAACUGAGACCACUUUUCUGUGGUACAACAUGGAUGGUACCUCCAAGUUUUAGGUGUAUUUUGACAUAUCUGUACCUUGUAAGAAUUUUUUCUUCUUUUUGGUUUAAUUUCUUCCCUUUGUUGUUCCUGUCCUUUGGACUUAGAUAUUUUUUCUGAAGACCUUCUUGUCCUCAAGUGCAAUGAUAACAGGUGAGCGAUAUAGGGCCAUCAUGGCCCUCUUGUUGAAAAAUAAAUUCCUGCAAUUGUUCAUAUUGUUUUGCUGAAAUGUUAAUAUUAGUAUGAGUUGUUAGUUUACUUUCAACUUGUUCAGAUUUCUUUUGAAUUUAAGCUCAAGAUAAGUUUGUAGUCAAGAGAUUUGGAGGUUAUGCUAAGAAUUGUUUAAUAAAUGGCAUUGAACGUUUUACCAAAAAAUAAAAAUUUUGACUUUCAGUUAAACUGAAUUAUUUACAUUGUGGCUCUAAUUAUGUCUCCCACCACACAGUGGUGUGGGAGACAUAUUUACUCCAGUCUGUGUGUGUCUGUCUGUCUGUCUGUCUGUUUGUCACAAAGCUUGUCCACACUCUAAGUCGAACAUUUCUCACCCGAUUUUCACCAAACUUGAACAAAAUGUGUCUGACAUUAAGACCUCGGCCAAGUUCGA